CAGCAUUCAGGAAGAAACAUGGCGUCCGCCCUUGCAAGGAGGGUGUCCGGGCUGCUGAGGCCGCUGUCUGUCUCUCUAUGUGCCAAGACACCACAAGUUUGUCAGCUCUCCAGCCUCAUCCAGCCUCCGCCUCUCUACAACUAUGCUGCAGCCGCUGUCUGCGCUCCUCUACGUGCUGCAGUGUGUCAGACACCCCGAUACAGCAUCCUUCAACGGGUGUCCACACUUGUUCCCAGUGUGACUCAGCAACAAAUCAGAAGUCUAACGUACUACAGUGUGAAGAAGGGGAAGAGGAAGACUGUAAAAGCUGUGACAGAUAGGUUCAUGAGGCUGCAUUGUGGCCUUUGGAUCAGACGUAAGGCUGGAUACAAGAAGAAACUGUGGAAGAAGAACGCUGCCAGACGAAAGCGCCUGAGGGAGCAUGUAUUCUGUAACAAAACACAGAGCAGGCUUUUGGAUAAAAUGACAACCUCCUUUUGGAAAAGGAGGAACUGGUAUGUUAAUGACCCAUACAUGAAGUACCACGAUCGGGUCAACCUCAAAGUGUAACAUGCUCAUUCAUGUUUCGACCUCUUGUUUUCUGUAUGAAUAUACUGCAAUAAAGUUAUGUAUGUUACAAA